AUUUUCGGGACGUUACUGCAUGUUCUGGCAAAGUGGAACACAAAACACUUGGUGGGAAAGCGGUUCGUGCCGAAGGAGGGAGGACGCCGGCUCCCUUUUCUCUUCUUUUCGAUUACAGUGGCCGCUCAUGUGCCCGGAACGCGUCCAGCUCGGGAGGCGGGCGUUCCUGUCCACCCACGCUCAGUACUACGACCGGCGACAGGUUCUACUUGGCAAGAAACUGGGAGGAACCCAAGGGGAAAGUGGAUAAUAAAGUAAUACGGUGAAUGGGUGUUCCCGAUUUUGACAGGUCGUUCACGCAAAGCGACGCGGGUAGGAGAAGCUCCAACCCCUGCAUCUGCCUGCCCCUCUUUGCCUAUUUGCUCUCUCCUCCAUCCCUAGCCCCAGUGUCUUUAGUGUCUUUGCUGAACCUUGUUCAGUUUUCUUAUGUCCCGAGAGAGAGGUCGAUAGAUAGAUAGUAGGAGGAGGAGGAAGUGAGCAGCAGCAGAAGAAGAAGAACAAAGAUGGGGGUGGUGAAAUUGGCCAUAGGGGACGCACUGAUCACCUCCCUCUGGGUGUUCAGUAUCUCUACCUUGGGGCCUUUCACUUCCCUCAUAUCCUCCUACCUGCAGGUCCAGCCCCCACUCACCCUUUUUGUAACAACCACCCUCGUCUUCAUCCUCCUCUUCCUCUUCACAACCGUGGGCCAAAUCUUAGGCGGUGCCAAUUUUAACCCCACGGCCACGGCUUCUUUCUACGCCGCCGGCUACGGUCGUGACAGCCUCUUUUCCAUGGCCAUCCGUUUCCCUGCUCAGGCAAUCGGCGCGGUGGGUGGUGCGUUGGCCAUAAAGGAGUUCAUGCCUGCAAAGUACAAGCACAUGCUUGGCGGGCCGUCGGUGAAGGUUGAUUUGCACACCGGAGCCAUUGCUGAAGGAGUAUUGACCUUCGUCAUCAGUUUCAUUGUACUUUUCGUACUCAUGAGGGGCCCCAAGAGUAAGUUUCUGAAGCUGUGGUUGCUCGCCGCGACAACUGUAACACUCGUCGUCAACGGAUCCAAGUAUACAGGGCCAGCAAUGAAUCCCGCCAAUGCGUAUGGCUGGGCAUAUGUAAGAAAUCGCCACAACACAUGGGAGCAGUUCUACGUGUACUGGAUCUGUCCUCUAAUUGGAUCAGUUACGGCUGCUUUGUUCUUCCGAUUGUUCUUCUCUCCUCCUAAACCAAAAGAGAAAAAAGCCUAGUUUCAGAUCCCAAAUUGUUUGUCAAGGCUGCAAAAUAAUGAAUGGCGCGGGUUUGGUAUGUAAAAGACGGUAAAUGCUACUGCGUAAUUCUCUUUAUUGUUAUCUGCUCUUUGUGGAGAAGAAUGAUGUUACUUUUAGCUUAUUUUUAAAAGGGCAUGAUGAUUAAAGUAAUCACAAUGAAUUUUACUA